AUGCGUGCAGCGGUAAAUUUGGAGCAGCUGUGUGAGGCGAGCAGCGCCGAGGAUCUGCCACCACCUCCAGCCUAUAUUCAUAAACGAGCGAUGCCGGAAGCCGAGGUUCUGGAUGACAGUGCCGCGAUGUCCGAGAAACUAAAGGAAACAUUCGGGAUACAGGAGGAGGAUGCGCAAAAGAUUAUCACCAGCUUAAACGUUAGUCAUUUGGCUCUGCUCAACAAGCGCGAUAUAUUUUUCCGCAAAAAAGUGGAUCGUGAAGAUAUACCAGCCGAUACCGAAUUGCAGACACUGAAACUGAAAAGGAAAGUACUGGAAAUGUUCAAUCCGAUCAAGAAGAAACCGUUGAAAAUGCACCACGAUCCUCAGUAUAUUUUCAUAAUCAUUAUUUCUAUUUUCAUAAUCAUUAUUUUAUCAACUGUCAUUUCAUAG